AUGCCUUAUAAUACGCGCCGCAAAUCGCUGUCUCUGCCGUCGCUGGGCAUCCAUGUGCCCAGUUCCUCGCGCCGCUCGCCCUCCGUGUCCAAGGCGUCCAUCGCGACGAACGACGAUAACAACCUGCCUCCCGCCAAGAAAGUCAAGAGGUCGCACGACACCAGCUCGUUGUCGCCAGAACCUCAGUCGGCUUCGUCGAUGGACGCGAAGGACCGGUUGCCGGGCACCGGCGCUGGGGCUGGCGCUGCCCGCCGCCGCGGUACUUUUGAGCACACGCCGCCUCCGUCGCCUACGGACGGAGACGCGGCGCCCAAGAUCGACACCGACGGCAUCAACGACGAUGUCGUCGUCGCGGUGAUCGAGCAGCUGCAGAAGACUGGCAACCGCCCGCAUCUCGUCAAGGAACUCGCCGCCGUACUCGUCACCCUCAACGAUAACGUGGCAAACUCUGCGAAUCCAGCGGCCCUCUUGUCGUCGCGACUAGGUACAUAUCUGAAGCGUCCGUGGACGGCACUGGCUCCCUGCCCGCUGGCCAAGGAGCUGGUUCCGAUCCAUCCGCGCAAAGUGUAUUACUAUCUUACCACGCUGCCUCGCCAGCCUAUUCCUGAAACCGUCGGGGAUCUAGUCAUCCCCGCCGUGGGUGCUAACGCCACCAUUACUCCCAGCGUCUCGAGUCUCGACCAGGACGAAGAGGAUGUCUUCACGCGACAGCGUAGUCCCAGUCCCGAAGUCGAUCUCUCCUCUCCGGAGUUUGACGAUGAGGAUGAUAGCAACAUGGCUCUGAGCGACCGUGCCAAUCCCGGCGCGGCGUCUCGUGCCGGUCAUCACCACGGGUUCACAGACCACCGAACCCACCCGCGUCUAAUUCACUCGCACCGUGCCGCCUCGCCGCCGUUGGAAGGUGACGAAAAGGAAUUCACCCAGACGGCGAGUGCCGUGCGUGAGCGCGCGUCAGAGGAAAAGGCCAGCCGCCUUACCGGUCGGACCGGUGGAGGUGGUCUGUCUGCCAUCUCAGAGGGGCUCCUUGCCAGCAAGAGCAGCAGCAACAGCAGCUGCAGCAGCACCAUCUCUGGUCCCAGCGGCAGCAGCAACAGUAGCACCCAGAUGCAGGAUGGAAACAUGAGCAUCUCAGGGACCCCAAUGGACGACGGCGAGCGCAUGUCUGAUGAGCAAUACAGCGAUUAUUUCUCUCACAUCAGCGCGCGUCAGCAGGAGCAUGACCUCGACGAGGCUGCGGCUGCGGCUCUGUUUGGUACCUCGCCCUCCCCCUCUCUCGUCUCGGUCGCCUCAUCGAUCUCGUCUGGUACGAGCAUCGACUCGGACGGCGACCUUGACACGGAGGAGGAUGGUACUGCCACUGCCACCGCCGCGGCGACGACAGCAGAUGAUAUCCCAAACGCUGGUCUUUUGGGGCUGCGCCACCAUCACCACGCCGCCGCGGUGGUCAGCAAGGAACGCGCCGCAGGGCCCGCCUCCACGCUGAAGCGGUCGAUCGACAUGCUCAACAGUGGUCUGCCGGGCGUGGACAUGAAGAUGUCCGACGUCGCUGACUGGGACGACUUUUCCCUCGGUAGGGGUCUGAUGGGCAUGGACGUCGACGUCGUGUCCGACUCGUGGAUCGAGCUGCAGAGCCCGGAGACUGUAGAAGUCGACGAGCUUGACAAGAUGUUUGGAGAGAUCUAA